AUGGUGUCAUCUUCAUUGAGCUCACGGGCAAAGCCUGUGAAGCUCCUGAAGAAGGGCACUGAAACCACUAAAUCUCACCGCUUCGAACCUUUCUCCCAGCGAGUCUCGAAAUUGAAGAUCGACCCUAUUCACCGUGUGCGACGACCGGGCUUCGAGGAAGAAGAUGGAGAUGAGACAUACUCCCAUUUUCGGUCAUCCUUGGACCAUUGGUCCGAGAUGAAUCUGUCGGAGAUAUUCUCUGAUUUCGUUCGCAGUGUUAACCCUCUUUGCGAGAGUCUGCACCAGAUCCUCUACCAUGAAGACAAGAUCAUGGCGCUUUUGGCGGAGUAUAUUGAGAAGAGGGAUCACCUUUCCAUCGAGCCACUUUUGAAUCUAUUGUCGCAAUUUGCUAGGGACUUGGGCGUACGCUUCGAAAAACACUUUGCGACCAGCGUCACUCUUGUAGCAUCUGUCGCCGCCUCUCACACCGAUGUCGAGGUUAUUGAAUGGAGCUUUACAUGUCUUGCAUGGAUAUUCAAAUUUCUCUCUCGCCUCCUUGUGCCGGAUUUACGCCCACUGCUGAAUGUCAUGGCUCCAUUCCUUGGAAAAGAACGCCAGAAGCCAUUCGUCUCCCGAUUUGCCGCCGAAUCCACGUCGUUCCUGAUUCGAAAGGCCGGGCUUGUGUACUACAAAAACAAAGCACCUCUCGACCGUGCUGUUUCCUGUCUUUUUGAAGACAUUCGAAAUACUGCAGAUUUGCGCAGCGUCGAUACCUACAAGGAGGGCUUGAUGGUCAUGUUUGCAGAGGCCAUCAAAGGUGUCAAGGGGGGUCUGCACUCUAAUGCAUCGGAUAUUUUCAAAAGUUUGAUGGAAAACUCAACUACUGGCGAUGAUCUACAACGAUCUCUAUCCCAGCAGGUUCUUUGUGGCGUGCUCACCAAUGUUUUGCACAACACAACCCCGGAAACAUUCUCGGAACUUCUCACCGUGCUGGGCGCAUACAUUGAAAAGGUCCCGGAAAAGGACUCGGAAAGCCAAUUGAGCAUUUCUGCACAUUUAAUGUUUGUGUGUGUUACUACACGCAAGGCGACAAGGGUUAAAGAGUGGAAGACAGUCCACCAUGCCCUUUUGACCCUGCUACAGCGCUCAUUAGAUAUUUUCACAUCAUCCAAGGUGGUUCUCCCCCGGAUCCUUGCUACCGUCGCAUAUGCACUACAACUUUCUCCUAUGGAUGAAAUGCUGCCUUUUAUGCGGCGUCUUAUGGAUGUGGUGGCGGAUGACCGCUUGGAGCCUUUUUUCCUACCCUUUUGCUCAACAUUUGCAGAAUUUGGCUCUGAAAGGUUUCAUGCAGUUGUGUUGCCUUAUUUUCAGCGAUUCUUGGCAUCAUCCUGGAAGACCAAAGAAGCAGACCUGUGUUUGUCCCUCCUUCAGCUCGAAGAAGCUGGCUGCAUCACAUCUCAGCCCUCCAGACCAGGUUACAUUACGUGUCCAAAUGAGUGGAAACUACAAAUCGCUCAAAAGUUUAGCAAACCUGGAAAUUCUACCGAGGAUGUGGCGCUUCUAAGCAUAUAUUCGAGACUUCACACAGCUGUGUCACUUUCAAAUGAAACCUCUACUCUGCCCCAGAUAGUGGAGUCAUUACACAAACUUCUUCUGUCGACUUUUGAUUCCUCAAUAUCAGACCUCAACCCUCUCGAUACCUUUACCUACGGCCAAGGCUUCAAGACAUAUGUCGAUCUCGCUUAUCAGUGUGGCUCACUGGAUGCAUCGCUGUGGCAGCUGAUCACAGCAUCUGGAUCCCGGUUUGCUCGAUCAGACCUAUUCUUAGAAGGAGCAUUAAACUUCUUGGAGAAGUCUGAUUUGGCCAACACGAAAAAAGAUGACCUUGAAGAAUUUGCAGGUGCUCUAAUAGACAACCUCACAUCUCCUUCCCACUCUUUGCGAUUACUGUCAUUGAAAAUACUCAGCCAAUUCACCAAACUAAUAACCGAGAACGACCAGGGUGCUAUCGCAGUAGCCAUCGAAAUCGAAGAGAGCGAAUUGACUCUCCAAACAGCUAGAUUUCUGUCUAUGCAAAUCCGCAAACUUGGACUCCUAUACCCUCAGAUCGUCUCACACAACUGGUUUGGCAAGCUUGUACCCAAGUUUUGCUUUGGUCUAUUCUCCAAGCAACUAGCACAGUUGUGGUCCGAUUCUGCCGAGACUUUGAAAUCAAUCAGUCAACACGCUAACGGAGAGGGUGUUGUCACCGAAUUGUCCAUGCUGUGGCUGCAACAUGAUGUUGAUCCUGAAAAUGGCGACGGUGAAUCGGAUGAUCGCUCUCCAUACACUUCACCUGAUUUUGGGUGCUUCAAUGCUUCAAAUAUCGAGAAGAUCUUCGGUUCUCGCUUUCAAGAUGAAACAAACUCAAAGGAAACCCUAGUUGAGAAUUUCAACAAUAGCCAUGUUUUCUCGGAGUUGAUCCCACGUUAUGCCCGCGCCCGCUCAUUGCUGGUUUUGCACGCUAUUCCUGAAGUUGCUGAGAAGCGGUCUCGACAAAUUGUCCCUGUAUUCCUCAACUGGGCCUUAAGAGAGGGAGAGGGAGAUGCCGCUCCAGACUUGAGCUCCAAAUCAUCCGCCACACUCACUUCUGACGACACUCCUUUAUGGGGAUACAAGGAUCGACUUGCCCUUCUUGGACUUUUCGAAAAAUUCAUUAAUCCACGGACCCUCUUCAAAUCAUCAGAAGUUUUUGAUGCCCUGCUCAACCUCACGGCACACGGAGACUCGGCAGUUCAAAAGCCUGCCCUCAAGGCUCUUUUCACAUGGAAAUUGCCGAGCAUCCGCCCUUACCAGGAGAAUCUUCUCAACAUAUUGGACGAAUCUCGAUUCCGUGAGGAACUGGCAGCGUUUGUGCGGAUUGAAGAAGACGACAGCAAGAUCGAAAAGGGCCACAAAGCGGAUUUGCUUCCAAUUCUUCUGCGACUCCUUUUUGGACGCAUGAUCUCCAAAGCCUCUUCCAGCGGAUCUGGUGGUCAAGGUGGUCGACGAAAGGCCAUUCUUCGCACUCUUUCCCACAUGUCUGAACCUGACUUUGAAUUAUUUGUGCAAAUUGCGUUUGGCUCUCUCUAUAACUUGGACUUGUUGAAAGGAGACAAGGUAGAAAGCUCGUCAUUUGACGUGGAAUUGGUCAAUCCAAGACGACAAUCUGGAUUGCUCAAGAUGGUUGAGACGAUGCUCGAAACGCUCCAGGGUCAGAUGAACGCUUAUAUCGUCAAAUCGAUGGAUAUUAUUCUCUACAUACUUGUCAGAGCUAGUCGCUUAAUUGAAGCAGACACAACAAAUGACUCAUCUACAGACAGCAAAUCACCGAUGAUACGGGAGAUUCGCGCUGUUGGCAUCCGUUGCCUCGGGAUGGUUUUCUCUGUUGCACCGGAAAUCGAUUGGACGCCAUAUGUUACAGUCAUAUUCAACGAAGUCAUCAAUAUUCGUCUUGAAAAUUUUGCUAUUGAGAAUGCCCAAGGUGUUUCUGGCUUCCAUCGGCUGUUCCACACGUGGGCCUCGUUCCCCAAGUCUGUCUUCUACCUGACCCGGUCUGGUAGCGACGUGUUAUCUGCUGUCGUGGAAACGUUGAAUGUCCCAUCUGCGCGAGACGAAGUCAAAGUAUACAUAAUGGACUCAAUUCUCCAGCCCAUUAUCAACCUCUCAACGGGUCGUGCAAUCAAGGAAUCUGAAGAGCUGAGUGACUUUUCUCCGAGAGAAAUCCUCGAGGAGGUUCUGGCACCAUAUACAGAAAGCAUCCUUUCUCACAUGAGCAAACUGCUCCAAUCUAACCCCUCACGUCAAGUUCUGGUGACUAGCGUGGAAACACUGUCAUUGAUUGCGCCUUGUGUUGAAACAUCCGGUGAAACAUCCAGCCUCAUCAAGAUAUGCACAUAUCUUCUUCGACAACCUCAAGACAAGAUUUCACCAAAGACAAAGGCUGGGUUGCUACAUACAUUACAGCAUUUUAUCCCCUUGUAUUCUAUCAGUAGUGACCCGUCACUAGCUGAAGAGGUUUUUACUACAGUGUCUUCGCUAUACGAUUACUUCAAAGACGACGAGAACCGGAAUGUACUGUCGGCCGUCUUGAGUGAAUUUGCUAAACAUGACAAAGAAUUGGAAGAAACCAGCUCACUUUGUGCUGAUCUCAAUGCUGUUGCCUCAAAUAAGCUUGACGAAGUUGAUUAUGAACGGAGACUCCAAGCCUUCCGGAGGAUUAAUGAGAACCUGUGGAAAACUCUCAGCCCAAAGCAAUGGCGUCCUAUCAUUUUCAAUAUGUUGUAUCAUGUCAAGGAUGAUAAAGAACUGUCCAUUAGAUCCAGUUCCUCUUUCGGGAUCAAGCGUUUCAUCGAGAGGAUCUCGGGUGAUGCAGCUGACCAACAGGAUUUUGCUACGCUCCGAGAUGAUGUGCUGUUACCUGCUCUUCGGUCUGGCAUGCGUCAACGGUCUGAGAUGGUACGCUUUGAACUCGUGUCUGCUCUCGGCCACCUGGUCAAGCUCAAUCCCACCUUGGCAUCCGUCCAGGAUAUGCAUGUGCUGUUAGUGGCAGGAGACGAAGAAGCUUCUUUUUUCAACAAUAUCUUGCAUAUCCAACAACAUCGUCGCAUGCGGUCACUACGAAGACUUGCAACUGAGACAUCAAAUGGAAAUAUUAGUUCAUCCAACAUCAGUGCAUUCUUCCUUCCGUUGAUUGAGCACUUUGUAUUCCACGUGGCUGAAGACGAGACUGCCCACAACUUGGCUGCAGAAGCAGUUGCAACAAUCGGUAAACUUGGCGAAUGGAUGGAGUGGAGCCAAUUCCGGGCAAUCUUCAGAAAAUAUCGCGCGAACAUGACAACCAAACCUGAUCUCGAAAGGAACAUGGCCAGGCUUCUUGGGAGAAUGACCGAUGCUCUCAGCACUGCUUUCAUCCAGAAAAAUGGAAAGCCUGACACUGAAGAUGUGGACAUGAAUGAUGGUGUGGAUUCGAGUUCUUCAGCGAAAUGCCGCCUUGCCUCGACUCUCCCUAUUACUUCCAAAAUAGCAACGGAACUUACAACGCAUUUCCUGCCAUUCCUCACAGGGUUCGUGCAUCACAAGGACGAAGCAAAAAUGAGUAUGCGUCUUCCGGUUGCAAUCACAACUGUGAAACUGCUGAAGCUUUUAUCGGAAGAAGAAAUGGCCAUUCGCCUACCCUCGGUUUUGCUGGACGUGUGUUACAUUCUUCGCAGUAAAUCACAGGACUCUCGAGAUACUGCAAGAAAAACACUGGCAGACCUUGCCAUCAUUCUUGGCCCUGCAUACUUUGGCUAUAUUCUGAAAGAACUCAAAACUGCCCUGGCAAGAGGGUAUCAGCUCCACGUUCUGGGGUUUACAGCACAUUCCAUCCUUGUGUCAACAACUGAUGAAUAUGCACAGGGUGCAUUGGAUCACUGUCUUGGAGAAGUUGUAUCAGUCGUAAUGGAUGACAUCUUUGGAACUGUUGGACAAGAAAAAGACGCCGAAGACUACGUCAGCAAGAUGAAGGAAAUCAAAAGCAACAAGAGUUAUGACUCGAUGGAAUUGCUUGCCAAAAACAGCUCUGUGUCAUGCUUGGGCGCUUUGAUCAAGCCUUUACAACUGCUUUUACGAGAGAAGCUCACAGCAAGUAUCGUCAGAAAGGUUGAUGAGCUCUUUAGGAGAGUUGGUCUUGGUCUGCUCCGAAACCCAGGUGCCGAGAGCCGAGAUAUUCUUGUCUUUUGCUACGAAGUGAUCAAAGAAUCUUACGAAGACCGCACCCAGAAUACCUCAAAAUCUACAGAAUCUGCAAAAAAUCGUCGGUUCCUGAUAAACAUGCAAGGCAUGAAACGUGGCGAGAAACGUGGCUCUACCUCCUCUUACCUCCACAAAUUACCCCGUUUCGCGUUGGACGUCCUCCGAUCAGUUCUUAACAAAUUCAGCUCACUCAUGACCACCGCUAAUCUAGCUGGUUUCUUACCGGUCAUCGGUGACUCUGUCAUCCAGGCCCAUGAGGAAGUCAAGCUUUCGGCAAUGCGUCUUUUGUCGGCUAUCAUCAAAUUACCUUUGCCAGACCUAGACAAAAACGCGCCUACCUAUCUUGCCGAGGCUGUAAAGGUUGUCAAGGAAGCACCUAGCACCAACACUGAAGCCGCACAAGCAGCGCUCAAGCUCGUUGCCGCGAUAUUAAGAGAGCGAAAGACCGUGGAUCUCAGAGACAAUCACCUUUCCUACCUACUCAAACGUCUUACUGAUGAUAUCGAGGAGCCUGAUCGCCAGGGGUUGACCUUCAACUUUAUCCGGGCUGUAAUGGAUAGGAAAUUCCUCGUUCCCGAGCUGUAUGAUUUGGUUGACAACAUAGCAAGGAUGAUGGUCACCAAUCAGACCCGAUCUGCACGCGAUCUUGCUCGUGGUGUCUACGUUCAUUUCCUUUUGGAAUACCCACAGGCAAAGAGUCGGUGGUCAAAGCAACUGGCUUUCUUGGCCAAGAAUUUCGAUUACCAACACCGAGAAGGUCGGGAGUCCGUCAUGGAGGCAGUGCACCGGUUGCUAUCCAAGACAGGCGGAGAUCUUGGCCAGGAUAUAAUCAGUACUUUCUUCUUGCCAGUGGUGCUUGUCGUGGCGAAUGACGACACCCCCGAGUGCCGGCAAUUGGCCGGUCUUCUCUUGAGCGAGUUUUUCGGAAGAGCUGAUAAAGAGCGACUGCAAAUCAUGCUAACCCCUCUGCAUGCAUGGCUGGAGCAGACAGAGAACAAGCAACUCAUCAGCACUGGCCUGCAGGCAAUGAGAGUGUUUUUUGAGUCUGAGGAUGUCGAGAAAAAGAAGGAAAGCCGCUUUAUUGUCGAUCUGAUACCUACUAUUGUGCAGCCCAUUGUCGAGGACACGGAGAGCGAAGACUGGGAAGUGUUUUACUUUGCCUUGCAACUAUUUGUCAAAAUAUGCAAAAGCAUGCCCUCGAUUGCGUUCAGCAAGGAUUGCGAGCGCCUGUGGUCCAUCACUCAAGAGGCUCUUUUCUUUCCACAUGCUUGGGUGAAAACUUGCGCAGCGAACUUGAUUGGCCUAUUGUUUGCGGAUGUAGCCAAGAACAAUGCCAGUGAUGGGUUUGGCAGCGUUCCCUUGCCUUCGAAAUAUGGACUCGAGCUCGACAAAGAACGAAUGAUACAAUUGACACGUGGUAGUCUUCGUUCUCUCCAGACUCCCAAUGUUAGCGAAGAGCUUGCUAUGCAGAGUGUUCGCAACAUCGUGUUCCUGAGCCGAUGCUUUGCAGAGAAUAAUGUUGAACUCUCUCCGAAACAAUCAGAACAAACAAAGGAAGAUGAAAUCUCGAGCGAGGCAAGCGACGAUGACGAGGAGGAAGACCAAGAAGAUUCAACAACCCCCAACGGAAUUACGCAGUCCAGGUCGCCAUUGCUUUAUAUCUUCCGCCAAGUCUCAGAUAUUCUACGUCGAGAAAUUAUUUCUACCCGAGCUGGUGCUCUCAUGUCCAAGACAGCUUCCAUGGCGCUCAUAGCAGCGAUUUGCCGGCACUUGGACGCCGAAAAGCUCAUGGGAUCUCUUCGACUAAUCCUUCUACCUUUACAACACUUGAUUGACCCCAACAUCACCCAUCCGCGGUCUUCAGACCCUGAUUUUCAAACAGCCUACCAGUCUCUUGUCACAAAUGCGCAGGAGGUUCUCGAUCUCUUGCAGAAGAAGCUCGGGACAACUGAAUACGUCACCCAAGUGGCUUCUAUACAGGAGAACAUUAGGGCACGCCGAGACGAGCGGCGAGUCAAGCGCCGUAUCGAGGCUGUUGCAGAUCCAGAAAGGUUCGGGCGGGAGAAGAAACGCAAGAAUGAUAGGAAGCGAUUCAAGAGAUCAGAGAGGGACCGUGGCUUUAGAGACAGGAGACGAGGUUAUUAA